AUGACACCCCCCAUGCAACAUCAUGCCCAUGGGUUACAGCGUCGCCUGGAUAACCGACAGAUCCAGCUGAUUGCGAUUGGCGGCUCGAUUGGGACUGCGGUGUUCGUGAGCAUCGGCACGGCCCUCACCAAGUCCGGUCCGGGCAGUCUACUGCUCGCGUACAUCAUCUACAGCUGCAUGCUCUCGCUGGUGAACAACUGCAUCGCCGAGAUGUCCACGUACAUGCCCGUUGGCGGGGGAUUUAUCCGUCUGGCCGGCCGGUGGGUGGACGACGCCUUCGGGUUCAUGGCCGGGUGGAACUUCUUCUUCUACGAAGCGCUGUUGAUUCCCUUUGAGAUCACGGCGCUGACCGAGGUGCUGGCCUUCUGGAGCGAUCACAUUCCCACCGCGGCCGUCUGCGUGGCGUGUAUUGUACUAUAUGCAUCCCUUAACGUCCUCGCAGUUCGAGCCUACGGAGAGGCCGAAUUCUGGCUCUCCGGCGGCAAGGUGAUCCUAUUUUUCGUCUUGUUUCUGUUCACCUUCAUCACCAUGGUGGGCGGCAACCCGCGGGGCGAUGCGUACGGCUUCCGCUACUGGAACACCCCGGGCGCGUUCGCGACGCAUCUGGCGACGGGGGCGCUGGGCCGGUUUGAGGGGUUUCUGGCGGCGCUGUGGGCGGCGUCGUUCGCCUGCGUGGGGCCGGAGUACAUUUCGAUGGUGGCGGCGGAGAGCAAGCACCCGCGGCGGUAUAUCAAGAACGCGUUCAAGACGGUGUACUGGCGGUUCGGGGUGUUCUUCAUCGGGAGCGCGCUCUGCGUCGGGGUGGUGGUGGCGUACAACGACGCGAACCUGGUGGCAAUCACGACGGGGGCGUCGGCGGGGGCGGGGUCGGCGUCGGCGUCGCCCUACGUGAUCGCGAUGGGCAACCUGGGGGUCAGCGUGCUGCCGCACAUUGUCAACGCGCUGCUCGUGACCAGCAUCUUCUCGGCGGGCAAUACGUACACCUACACGGCGACGCGGGUGCUGCACGGCCUGGCCGUCGAGGGCCGUGCCCCGCGCAUCUUCCGGCGCUGCACGCGCCACGGCGUCCCCAUCUACUGCUUCGGCGUCGUGAUGCUGUUCCCUUUCUUGUCCUUCCUGCAGCUCUCCAACAACACCGCUACCGUCCUGAGCUGGAUCAUCAACCUGACCACCUCCGCCGGCGUGAUUAACUACAUCGUCAUGACCACGACGUACAUCUGCUUCUACCGCGCGUGUCAAGCCCAGAAUUUCGACCGCGCCCAGCUGCCCUACCGCGGAUGGUUCCAGCCCUGGAGCGCGUACAUCGGCCUGGUCUGGAUGGUCUGCGUCGUGACGUGCUACGGCUACAGCAGCUUCAUGCCCUGGAGCGCGGCGGACUUUGUCACCUACUACACGAUGGUGAUCGUGGCGCCCGCGCUGUUCCUGGGGUGGAAGUUGUUGAAGCAGACCAAGUUCGUCCGACCGGAGGAGGCGGAUCUGGUCUGGGAGGCGCCGGCCAUUACGGCGUAUGAAGCGGAGUUGGAGGUCACGCAGCCGGCGGUGGGAUUCUGGGAGGAGAUGAUGCAGUCUCUGCGGAUGUUUUCGGUCUGGAAGGACAAAAUAAGUGAGUGA